UUCUAAAAAAAAAAUAAACAAUAAGAUCUCUUUAUUUCUAGAUCUAGAUUAUUUUAAACAAGUUAAAUUCUAUUAUCUAGAUCUAAUUUUUCAGAAUAAAAUAAUACCAUCAGAUAGAUCUAAAUUAAGAUAUCCUACUUAUAGAUCUAGAUAGAGAGUUGGCUUUAUAGAUCUAGUCUAAAUGUAACAAUUUUUAUUCGAAAAGGGAAAGUUUUUAAAUAGUUAUCCCCAGCAACACAAUUGUGUACAAGAUGGCGCCCGUAUCGUCAAGAUACUAUUCAUUGACCAUCCAUGAUCUAUUGUGAUCUAUGAUUAAUUUUUUUAAAAAUAUUAUCUUAUUGUCUCUAUGGUGCUUUAAAAAGUGAAACCUAGUCCAGAACAGAUUUGACAAUGACAGCAGUAUCUCAAAGAGUUUCUUCAUUCUCUUUCUGUAAGAAAAGUGAGUUGCAAUCAGCUGUCACCUUUGACCUAUCAGAGAAGACAAAAACUUGUAAUCAUAAGCUCUACAAGUUGAAACCAGAAUGUGAAAAUAUCAUUUUGGAUCUGCCAAAGACUGCCAGGCCUAGAGAAUGGGAGCUCGAUGUCCGCCCACUGAUAUCUUCUCAAAAAUGGCUUCAAAAUUAUGGGCUGAGAAAGAAUCGACUUCAGCUCAAUCAGAUAUUAGUUUCAAUUGGAUUUAAAAUUAGUGAUGAAUUUGAUGACUCUCUUAAGAAACCUGUAAGCUCACGCUAUGGAAGCGGACUUUUUAAACAGAUGUUGCGGCCUGAUGGACGUACAUUCAAUAUCAAUUGCUCUAAAGAAAAACUUGCUCAGCUUGUAAAACGACUUGAACAAGUUAUCAAUCUUUUUAAAAGAAGAUUAGAAUGGCUAACUUCAGAAAGCAGACGACUAUUUGGAGUGAUAGAAGAGCGUUCUGUGACUAUAGUUUUAGACAUUCAGAGCAGCUCAGCUGAAAACUUUGACAAAUACAGGGCGGCACUAGAAAAAGUUCUCAAAGAGCAAGUCUCACAGCUGUCUAAAUUUAAUAUUAUUAGGGCUUGUGAAGAUGUGAAGUCAUUUAGCAAACAUUGUAUCCCAGUUUCACAUGAUACAAUAGACGCUGCCAUACAAUGGCUGUGGAACCUAAAUCCAUCAGAACAUGUUGCCAUUUCUUCAGUAGCUGAAUCUGUUCUGAUGGCCGUAGAAGAUUAUAAUAGUGAGGCUGUUUAUCUGUACACAGAAGGAAGUGCUAUUACCAAUGGUAAAGAAAUUCUAAUGGAAAAAGUGUCCAAAGCAGAAAGAAAGAUUCCAAUCAAUGCUGUAUCAUUCAACUGUGAUUCAACUGAUGUGAUCAAAUUUUUGAAAGAUUUUGCCAAGAGCACCAAAGGGAGAUUCCAUGCUUAUGGUUUGGUUAUGGAGCUGGAGACAUAUGAGACAGAAGUGAUUGACACUUCCUUAAAAAGAGCCAACACAAUUCUUAGACACAAAACAAUUGGAGGCAUUCCACCUGGAGCUGGCAUGAGAGAAGACGUCAUUUUGAUUUUUGAAGAGCUUGAAGAAGCACGCAGCAAUCUUGCCCAAAUUAGAUCUCUGCUGGACAAUGCCCCGGAGCCAAGCAAAAAUAUAUUUGAAAAUCUGGACAACAAGAUGCAAGGGAUUGCCAGGAAAGAUGAACAGUACAUGAGUUCCAAAGAAUGGCUGGAAGUUUAUGGACUCAGUGCUAAAAAACUUGGACUGGAAGACAUUUUGUCAAGUGUAGCCUUCAAGCACAGUGAUGGUGUGAUUACCAAAUUGCUACCACCACCUUCAGAACCCCCUACUGAUGCUGUGUCAGGUCCAGUGUUGGUCAAUGCACUGUACUGUCAGGACAUUUUUCCUGUGGUGAAAUGGAAAGAUGGUCAAACCAUGCAUGUCAUAGUGACUCCAGAGACCUUCAGAAGCUAUGAGGUUAAGGUCAUGGUUGUUCUCAACAAAAUACAGGGGAGAAUUGAUUGGUUGAACAGAGGAAGCAGGUCACUGUUUGGUACAUUGGUUGAGGACCAAAUGUAUAUACUGAUUGAUGUUUCUGCUUCUAUUAGAUCAAGUCUUGGAUUUGUCAAGCAGAAAAUAUUUACUCUUAUGCAGGAACAGCUUCGUCAUAAGAAAAAAUUCAAUUUCAUAGCUUUCAAUUCCAAGAUAUCUGGGUGGAAAGACAGACUGGUAGAAGUCUCUGAGUCUUCCAUGCAGAGUGCCUGGGCCUGGAUACAGAGCUUGACCUGCUGGGGAUCCACCAACACAUAUGCAGCACUACAGCAAGCCUUGUCAGACCCACAGACACAGGCCAUUUAUUUGUUAACAGAUGGCCGACCUGAUCAGCCAGCCAAGUCCAUCUUAGCCCAAGUGCAGCUUCAGAAGAGUAUCCCCAUUCAUACAAUCUCUUUUAACUGUGAUGAUGUGGAGGCCAAUCAGUUUCUUUACAGUCUAGCUGAGAUCACAGCAGGGAGGUACCAUUAUUUCUCUGAGAAUGGAGAAAAUGUAGAGUAUCCUAAAGCAUGGCAGAGUGUCGAUGUUCAGCUCCUAAAAGACGAAAUCAAACGAGGAAUAGAGAACAUCAAUAAACUUUCUGAACUUAGAGAUGAAUGUACUCGACUAGUUUGGCAACGUGGGGCUGAUGAUCUUCGUAAAAGUUUGCAAUACACCAGAGAAACGGACGAGACAACAUCAACUGAAAUUCAUGAUCUGAAGUCAUCGCAGACUCAGAAAAGUUUUAAAACCAAUGUGCUUCAGCCCAUGCCUUCAUUAAGUCCUCGGUUCAACACUGCCUCCCUCAGAAAUCGUCCUAAAUCUUCCUAUGGCAUCAGAACAGAAGAGAAUCAAAGCGUAGCUAAAACGCUAAGACAGACCAGAUCAGCCAGUCUUUCUUAUUCCAGAAAAACAUUUAAAGUUUGCAAGCGACUGGAUCAGAAUGCUCACACCAAGACAAGCAUGAUGCGAACAUUGAGCAGCAGUGGAAGGUUCUCACCUAAUGAAUGGCUACUCCCAGAAACAAAAUACUUGUUCAAUCGCCAAGAAAACAAUCAGAAACUGGCCAUGGAUAAAAAGAAAGAAAAACAGCGAAAUAAAAACAUCAAGAAAAUGUUAAAGUCUUAUGAGAUGUCCUCCAAGCAAUGGCUGAGUAAACAUGGUCUUCAUGCUAAACGUCUGACACUUCUGGAUGCCCUGGGCUCCACCCUUGUCCCUCACAAGCCAAAGUAUAUUUCAAUAUUAGAUAAGCUUGUCUCCGCUAAGGUUUUUGAUGAUGUUUUUACUCUUGGUCAUAUGUCUAAAGAUCAACACAUAAAUUUGAUUAAUCCUAAUGGUGUAAACCUUGUUGAAUAUGAGAAAAAGUUAAAAAUAGCAAUUGAGAAGUUUAGAAGGAGGUUAAAUAAACUGAUUUGGAAUGUUCUUCCAGAGUCAGAAAAAAAAGAGUUCAACUCUGAAGUGCCUGUUUCUUUUGAAGCAAACAGCGAGCGAUUACUAAACUAUUUAGAGAGCGCUGAUUGGCCAGUCAAAAAAAAAGAUAUUGACCUCCUUGUUAUUGAAAUAAAGCAGGGGGAAAAAUUUCUGAGGCAGUCUAUUGCCCUGCGAGAAGCUGCGAUGUGCAAAGAUGAUGACGCAGAGGAAAGUGUCAACGAAGGAGACGACGAUCUCAACCAAACAGAUUCAACAGCUGAGCAGCGGCAGGUAUCAUCUCAAUCCAAUCUGGCUACUACUAGUUCACAAAUGUUAGACCAAACUACAUAUGUCAGAAAGAAGUAUUCAGAAGUCAAAGAGACAACUAAGAGUUCAAAGAUAGUCAAAGAAGUUGUCAAGACUGAAGACAUGCAGAAGUCAGUCAAAAAGAAGCUCCAGUUUUGUAAUGGUCAGAAAGUGAUUGCCAGAUUAGACGAAGAUGGUCUAUACUAUCCAGCUGAGGUGAUCAAGUGGCCAGAUGUACGUCAUGCUGUGGUUAGGUAUUUUGAAAAUGGAGAGGCCACUGUCUACACUAGGCACGUUGUACCCACAGGUGGAGCUGUAGCUAGACCUUUCCUUCAUGUUGGUGAUUAUGUCCUCAUCAGAGUUGUCAAUCUUGACAAUGGCAGGGAGUGUUACGUUCCAGCUAUUGUACGAAGAAAUCAUGAACAAUACUUUUGUGCUUGCCAAUGUUACACUGUUGUUUUGUAUAAUGGACAAGUGGCUGUUACUAUGAGACAACAUUUGGUGAAAAUCAGCAAAGAGAGAUUUGAACUGGCUGUCAUGUACAUUUGCAAAAAGUUGCAUGAAGACAUAGUGCAAGUUGAAGAGAAUCUCUAUGUCAGCCACAGACAAGAGAGUGAGGUAUCAGAGAGUGAAGAGGAUGAGAGAACAACUCCAGAUCCUGUUACUGUCACAAUUGAGAGACAAUCAGAACCUGAGAGAACAAUUCCAGAUCCUGUUACUGUCACAAAUGAGAGACAAUCGGAAUUUGAGAGUCUUCAUUGGGAACUGAGAAGGCUGAGGAAAAAACUUCAAAAAAUGCAAAGAUUGUGUAGGGAAAGAUCUGUUAGAACAGUGGAUCAGUCUGUCCAGCAUUCAUUGGAAGAUGACAGAAAAUCUAAGCCAAUAUUAGACUGGAGGCGAUCUUUACAUCCAAUCAAAAAGACUGAUGUAGAAGUUUUGGCAAGGUGGCUUGAUGAUGGAUGGUAUUAUAGAAGUGAAAUUCGUAGAAUUUAUGGAGACUGUAGCUAUGAUGUUGUGGAUAGCACUGGGAUGACAGCCAGACUCUGGAGGGAAGACAUCAUCACAGAAGAAGAUGAUGACAGGAAUAUAGAAGUUGAUGACACAGUGAUAGCCCUUUAUCCUGACUAUUGCUUCAGUUAUGCCCCUGGAAGAGUGAUAAAUAUAGACAGCAAUGAAGUGAAGGUGAGAUUCUUCAAUGGGAAAACUGCCACUGUGCCGCUGAGUGAGGUGUACAAGAUUAUUCCAGAGAAGUACAAGAUGGACGUCAAGCAUAUAGAAAAGAAAGAAAAGCAACUUAUUGGAACUGCCGUUGUGGCACGAGAUGACCACACUGGAGCAUAUUUCCCAGGAACAGUUAGAGAGAAAUGUGGUGGUCAAGAUUAUCGGAUUGAGUGGGCUAGUGGCUCAGAAUCUGUACAAAAUGUUGCCCAUAUAUUUGGAGGCUUCACACGGGAGCCGAAACUAAGUCAAGGGGAUCGAAUCUUAGCAUGUGUUGACCCUAUCUAUGUCAAGUUUUUGCCUGGCAUUAUACAAGAUUUCAGUGAAAAUGGAAAACUGACAAUUAAGUUUUGCAAUGGAGAAAUAGUUUCUAACAUCCAUGGACCAUGGUACUGGCUCAGUCAAGAAUACUAUCAAUCAGCUCAGGAAUAUUAUGAGACAACACUGAGAAACCUUGAAGAGAAAUAGUUAUUUGAUUCUAUACAUCAAGCCCAUUGGAAAAUGUUAGCACAUCAUUUUUGGUUUCAAUAUGUAGGUGUAUUUAUGGAAAAUGACAUUGUUUUACUACUGGUUGCUCCUUCGUGCACUGACCUAUGCACUAUUAGAUUUAGUUGUUUUUUUCCACUCACUGUAUUAUUAUAAUUGUAGUUAGUUCAAUUUGUAAACAAGUUUCUUCCAUCUUCUUGAAGAGAAGUUUAUUAUUGUUAACAUGCUGAAGCAAGUAUACAGAUAUAUGUAAAGACUUGUCUACCAAAUGUUUUGUAACAUUGAUAUGGAUAGAGAAAAUUUCAAGUAAGAUUUGAAUCUUUAAAAGACUUUUUUUGCUUGCAAAUCUUAGUCGAAGUGUUAAUGCCAUUGUUUGCCAGAUUUUUUUUCAAUCAACUGCGAUUCUUCAUACUGCAAACAUGUUUUGUAAUUUUUGAUGCAUAAUGUAAUCAGUCUUUGGUCAAGGAAAGAAAUAAUGUUGGUUAUUUAAGUAUUCUCAAUAAACAUGCAACAAAUCAACAAAAGAAAUCAAAGUUUUGUACACAUUUUUUCAUGGCUUAUAGAGUCAAGACCUUGAAAUCGGAUUCUAAAAAAAUGGGGAAUGUGCCUGUUUGUUGUUCUUUAUUCAUUAUGUGCAUAAAAAGUGUUUUUAUUGCUGGCCAAAAUACUUUCCAUUUGCCAAAUCCACUGCUUGGAUUGUUGCUUUGUUUUCACUUUAAAUUUAUACUUUGUUGUGUAAAAAUAUAUCUGUGACCAUUUUACAGUGUUUUUUCAAAACUGUGAUACAAACAUUUUUUUUAAGAAGUGUCUUUCUAUGAAGUAUGUUUUUAAUUCUUUAUAUUAUUUAUUUCAUUAAAAAUUUAAAUAUGAGCUCUUUUUAAACUUUUUUUCAUUCUGUCAAUCAAAAGGCCAAUCUACUAGUUUAAAUGUAUUUUACCAUUUUGUGAUAUGUGAUUGUUUUUGUUUUUUUCUGAAUAAUGUAAAAUAUAAUCUUUGCCUAUUAUAGGCCUAAAUCUGUCCUUACCAAAAAUGACAAUGAUUCAAUUACUUUCAGAAUAAUUAUUUUCAUUUCUCAUUAAAUGUAACAGUAUUUUAUAGUAUUUAACUAUUAUAUGCCAUGGUAUACUAUUGUAGCUGUAGACUUUGUGUACUUGUUUCUAAAGAAAAAGUUCAUGACCAUUUGUUUUACAUUAAAGCUUAACUGUUAGACAAAAAUACAAAUUCAUUACAGUAGUUUGAAAACAGUC